UGAAAACAAGGUUCAGUAGAUGAAGAAGUGACACAAAGAGAACUAACAGAUUCAGCGUAAAAAUCCCUGCAAACACGCUCAUAAACGAGAAUCAUGGAAUGCAGAAUAUUUCUUCUUCUGUUCUCAGGACUCUGUACACUGUCCUCAUGUUUCCCUCAUCUAUAUCACUUUGUGAACAUGAAUAAGAGCUGGAAUGAAGCACAGAGUUACUGCAGAAAGAACUACACUGACCUGGUUACCAUUAACAACCCAGAGGAAAUGAACAGAGUGAUUAACAGUGUAAACCUCACUGGUUAUACUGGACCAGCCUGGAUAGGACUGGAGAAGGGAAACUCGUGGAACUGGCAGUGGUCCCUGGAAGAGAGACGUCUCUACAGUGAUGGACAGACUGGGUUCUCAAACUGGGACAGCAGCGUAGGAGCACCUCACACUGCGGAUGGGAAUACCAACUGUGUGGGCAUGAGAGACAACGGGAAAUGGAAUGAUAUUCCCUGUGCCUCUAAAACUCCCACAGGAUUCUUUAUUUGUUAUGAUGAGAGAAAACAAACCAACCAGAGAUACGUCUUCAUUAAUCAAAAUAAUAGGACCUGGACGGAGGCACAGAGAUACUGCAGAGAGAAUUAUACAGACCUGGUCAGUGUGAGGAACCAGACUGAGAAUGAUCUCAUACACAACAUGUUUCCAAGUAAAACCUGGGUGUGGAUCGGUCUGUACAGAGACUACUGGCAGUGGUCAGACCAGAGAAACUCCUCAUUCCGCUACUGGGCACCAGGAAAACCUGAUAAUAAUACUGGGAAUGAGAACUGUACUGUAGCCUCGAUCACACAGAUACUCAAUGGAACGUGGGAUGAUCAAGAGUGUGGUGAAAAUCACCCGUUCCUGUGUUACAAUGGAGGAGUGAUGAACAGAACCACCGGAGCUCCGGGUCCAGAUCAGCUGGCAGAAUCCAGCACAACUGUUCCUAGUGAUUCAACUGGAGAAGAAGAAGAAAAAUGUACUACUCAGGUAAUUCCUACCUCAGUGGAUCUGGAAAAAGAAAUUAACUCAUCCACACAUGGAGUCACAACUGACGGAAUGAACUCUUCCACAAAUGGAGUCACAACUGACGGAAUGAGCUCUUCCACAAAUGGAGUCACAACUGACGGAAUGAGCUCUUCCACAAAUGGAGUCACAACUGACGGAAUGCUCUUCCACAACUUGUAUACAGUGGAACUUAAUGUCUUUCUUCUGGAGACCAUGGGGGUAGUGUCUGAUGACUGUAGUGGACUAAAACCCUUCACUGUUCCUGAAUUUGCUAUGACAAUGCAAGGCCUCCAGAGUGGCAGGGUUACAGGGGUCGAUGAACUGGAGAGUUGGGUUUUUCAAAUGAGAUUCUACAAACAGGAUCCACUGCUCUUGGUCCAGGAGAAUAAAACUUGGAAUGAAGCCCUGAGAUACUGCCGAGAUAACAAUAUGGAGCUGGUGUCUGUCCACAAUGCUGAUGUCCAGAAGUGGGUGGAGGAGACGGUGAAAAAUGCCACCAGUGGCCAUGUGUGGCUGGGUCUGCGUUAUACCUGUGUCCUAAACUUCUGGUUCUGGGUCAGCGCACAAUCCAUUCAGUACGAACACUGGGCUCCCAGCAAUGAGACAGGAGCCAUAGACUGUGGAACUACAGGAGCUGUGAAAUCUUCAGAAGGUUAUAAGUGGGUCCCUCUCCUUGACACUGAGAAGCUCAACUUCAUCUGCUACAAAUGUUUGUUAGUCUGA